AACGCCAACCGCCAGGUCUUGUCUACCCGGGGCUGGGCAGAGGCGAUGAGGAACCACCUCGAACACGUCAUCGAAGUGACCAGGCUGCUCAGCGAGUCACCAGCGGAAACUAGGACGGAGGGCAGCGGGGGGACCGCGGCGGCUGUGCGACACGGCAGGUGGGGCCGGACCCCCGUGGCAGCCGUGGCGCCCACGGUGUCUCUCGGCAGAGCCCCGCCCGACGACGCCGACGCCUCUCGCAUGCGCCCUCCAUCCGCUGGAGACAAGAAGAAGGCGGGCCCCACUCAGCCGCAGAGCAAACACAGCCGGACUGCUACCGCGGCAGCGGCGCCCGCGGCUGCUCCACUCUCUGCCUCAUCUGAUGCGGCCGUCGCUUGUGGCACGCCCUCGCCAGACACUGGAGACAGUAAGACGGCCGCCUCCGUUCAGCCACACACCAAACAUGACCGAACACGUGUUGCAGCUGUGGCGCCCACGGAGCCUCAGCCCACUCCUCCAUAUGACGACGCCGUCUCCUCCCGCAUACGCCCUCCAUCCGCUGGAGACAAGAAGAAGGCGGCCCCCACUCAGCCGCAGAGCAAACACAGCCGGACUGCUACCGCGGCCGCGGCGCCCGUGGCUGCUCCACCCUCUGCACCAUCUGAUGCGGCCGUCGCUUGUGGCACGCCCUCGCCAGACACUGGAGACAGUAAGACGGCCGCCUCCGUUCAGCCACACACCAAACAUGACGGAACACGUGUUGCAGCUGUGGCGCCCACGGAGCCUCAGCCCACUCCUCCAUAUGACGACGCCGUCUCCUCUCGCAUGCGCCCUCCAUCCGCUGGAGACAAGAAGAAGGCGGGCCCCACUCAGCCGCAGAGCAAACACAGCCGGACUGCUACCGCGGCCGCGGCGCCCGUGGCUGCUCCACCCUCUGCACCAUCUGAUGCGGCCGUCGCUUGUGGCACGCCCUCGCCAGACACUGGAGACAGUAAGACGGCCGCCUCCGUUCAGCCACACACCAAACAUGACCGAACACGUGUUGCAGCUGUGGCGCCCACGGAGCCUCAGCCCACUCCUCCAUAUGACGACGCCGUCUCCUCUCGCAUGCGCCCUCCAUCCGCUGGAGACAAGAAGAAGGCGGGCCCCACUCAGCCGCAGAGCAAACACAGCCGGACUGCUACCGCGACCGCGGCGCCCGUGGCUGCUCCACCCUCUGCACCAUCUGAUGCGGCCGCCGCUUGUGGCACGCCCUCGCCAGACACUGGAGACAGUAAGACGGCCGCCUCCGUUCAGCCACACACCAAACAUGACGGAACACGUGUUGCAGCUGUGGCGCCCACGGAGCCUCAGCCCACUCCUCCAUAUGACGACGCCGUCUCCUCUCGCAUGCGCCCGCCAGCCGCUGGAGACAAGAAGAAGACGGCCGUGUCGCAGCCGCAGAGCAAACACAGCCAGACUCCUGCCGGAGCCGCGGCGCCCGCAGCUGCUCCACACUCUGACCCAUCUGACGCGGCCGUCCCUUGUCUUACUCCGCCGGCCUCUGGAGACAGCAGGACAGCCACCGCCAUCACCACCACCAGUAGCACCACCAGUACCACCAUCACUACCACCAGCACCACGAGUCUGCCGCCCGGCGACCGCGGCGACCCCUGCACAACUGAUGCUGCAGCUGCGCCCCCCACGACUCCACGCUCCACUCCGCCUGUGGAUGGUGCUGCCGUCUCUCGCCUACGGAGACUUUCUGGUGAAGAGAAGGGCAGGAGGCUGAUCAAGGCGGCUAAAGUGGGGGCAGUGUCUGACGUGCAGACGUUGCUGGCGGCAGGAGCAGACCUCGAGGUGAGGGACAGUGACGGGUACACCGCCCUGCACUGGGCAGCAGAGAGGGGGCACGUCGAUGUGGCGAGGUGUCUGCUGGAGGGUGGCGCCGAGGUGGACGCCACCAACGACUGUCGGACCACGCCCCUGCACAGGGCUGCACAGAGUGGCCACGCCGCCGUGGUGCGGCUGCUGGUGGCGUCCUCCGCCCGCACCGACGCCAGGAACCGGUGGGGGUGGACGCCGCUGCACUGGGCGGCAGUGCGUGGCCACACGGAGGCGGCGGCGGCGCUGCUGGAGGUGGGCGCCGACAGGAAAGCUACAACUGACGAACUGUACACACCGCUUGACUUCGCCAGGCAUAAGCACCACCAACAUCUGAUAAGCAUGCUAAGAUAAACCCAUCAACGCAUUACGUUCUC